AUGCAUACCGAUGCGACAAACGUAGCCAAAACCGACCCGCCGCGUGAUGGUGUAACCGUGUGUGCGGUAGUAAUGGCCAGGGGAAGUGAGGAGGAACGACGGACGGCGUACGGUGGCGAGAGGCCGCACUGCCACACCGCGCCGCCCGCUCCCGCAGUCCUCCCGCCGCGCCGGUUCUGCUCGCUACAACGCUCACCGCAUCAUGGUAAUGGACAACCGAAUAAACGAAGACAA